AUGCAUGAUCAUAGACCCCCACCAGAAGUCGUAAAUACAGAAAAGAAUAUUUUUGAUAUAAGGAGAUGCUGGAGCAAAAGAAAGAAUGAAGAUGAUAAAGGCCCUAGAGUAAUUUACUUGAAUGACCCACAUAAAAACAGCAAAUCGGGGUUCUCCUUGAAUCAUAUUAGUACAACGAAGUACAAUGCUUUCACGUUUCUUCCAAAAUUUCUUUUCGAACAAUUUUCAAAGUAUGCCAACUUAUUUUUCCUCUUCACUUCUUGUAUUCAGCAAGUUCCCACAGUCACCCCAACUAAUAGAUACACGACAAUUGGUACCCUAUUGAUAGUUUUGUUGGUUUCUGCCGUCAAAGAAAUGUCAGAAGAUAUAAAAAGAAGUUCUUCCGAUAAUGAGUUGAAUAAAUCAAAAGUGUUAAUUUUGGACAGCACAACCGGGGAGUAUCAUGAGAAAAAAUGGAUUAACGUCAAUGUUGGAGAUAUAGUUAAAAUUCGGAACGGAGAUUCUUUGCCAGCAGACCUAAUUUUAUUAAGUUCAUCAGAACCUGACGGGUUGUGCUACAUUGAAACAGCGAAUUUGGACGGUGAGACAAACUUGAAGAUCAAACAACCUAGAAAGGAAACAGUGCAUUUGAUAGAUCCACAUAAAUUAGUCGAAGUCAAAGGCAAAAUAUUAAGUGAAAGGCCCAACAGUAGUUUAUAUACCUACGAAGGUACAAUGGAAUUGAACAAUACCCAGUUUGCAUUGAGCCCGGAUCAAUUAAUCUUAAGAGGUGCAAGUCUUAGAAAUACUAUGUGGAUACAAGGUGUUGUUAUUUUCACCGGGCAUCAAACAAAGUUGAUGAGAAACGCAACUGCUACUCCGAUCAAAAGAACGGAUGUUGAGAGGAUUAUUAAUUUACAGAUUAUUGCAUUAUUUGGUAUUUUGAUAUUUUUAGCCAUUGUCUCUUCCUUGGGAAAUGUUCUCACAUUGCAAAUAAAUAGAAAACAUCUUUCUUACCUUUACAUGGAGGGUACUAGCAAAGUUGGUUUGUUCUUUCUUGACAUCUUGACAUACUGGAUUUUGUAUUCAAACUUGGUGCCCAUUUCUCUUUUCGUCACGGUAGAGAUUAUCAAAUAUUAUCAAGCGUACCUAAUUGCGUCAGACCUUGACAUGUAUUGUGAGGAAAAUGAUACUCCGACUGUUGUGAGGACCUCGUCAUUGGUGGAGGAGUUGGGACAGAUUAAAUAUGUGUUCAGUGAUAAAACCGGAACGUUGACUAGAAAUAUAAUGGAGUUCAAGACAUGUUCCAUUGGCGGACGUUGUUAUAUCGAAAAUAUUCCUGAAGACAAAGAAGCAGUGAUGCAAGAUGGUGUUGAAAUGGGCUACUUCACAUUUGACCAGCUCAAAAAAGAUCUCACUUCAGGGUCAAAUAGCAAGGUUAUUGAUAGUUUUUUGACCUUACUAUCCACCUGUCAUACUGUCAUUCCGGAAGUAGGAGAAGACGGUACAAUCAAAUAUCAAGCGGCAUCACCAGAUGAAGGUGCAUUGGUUGACGGUGCUGCCAUGUUAGGUUAUAAAUUUCAUACAAGAAAACCAUCUUCAAUAGUUGUAUCUGCCAAUGGGCAGGAUCUAACAUUUGAAUUAUUGAACAUCUGUGAAUUCAAUUCUACCAGAAAAAGAAUGAGUACCCUAUUUCGUUGCCCUGAUGGUAAAAUAAGACUAUAUGUCAAAGGUGCAGAUACAGUCAUAUUUGAGCGUCUAGCUUCAGAUAAUGAGUACGUUGAAGCAACCACAAAGCACUUAGAGGAAUUUGCAGUUGAAGGGUUAAGAACCUUAUGUAUUGCCGCAAGGGUUAUAACCGAAGAAGAGUAUGUCUCUUGGUCAAAGGUCUAUCAACAAGCGUCUGUUAGCUUGGAAAAUAGGGCGGAGGAAUUGGACAAAGCUGCAGAGCUCAUCGAAAAAGACCUUUUUCUUCUUGGUGCCACUGCAAUCGAAGACAAAUUGCAAGAUGGUGUUCCUGAAACUAUCUCAGUUUUGCAGGAAGCGGGUAUUAACGUGUGGGUGCUUACUGGUGAUAGACAAGAGACUGCUAUAAAUGUUGGUAUGAGUUGUAAAUUGUUGAGUGAGGAUAUGAAUCUUUUGGUAAUCAAUGAAGAGAAUAAAAAUGAUACUUGUGAGAAUAUGAUUGAGAAAUUGACAGUAUUGCAUGGAGAAGAGAUUUCCAAGGAGGAUAGAGACAGUUUAGCAUUAAUUAUCGACGGAAAAUCAUUAGGUUAUGCACUUGAACCUGAUUUGGAAGACAUGUUUUUGGAAAUUGGCACUAUGUGUAAAGCCGUCAUUUGUUGCAGAGUGUCACCUUUACAGAAAGCGUUGGUUGUCAAAUUGGUGAAGAGAAAGAAGAAAGCAUUACUACUUGCAAUUGGUGAUGGUGCAAAUGAUGUUUCAAUGAUUCAAGCAGCUCAUGUUGGUGUUGGUAUCAGUGGUAUGGAAGGUGCACAAGCUUCUAGAAGUGCAGAUUUUGCUAUCGGUCAAUUCAAAUAUUUGAGAAAGCUCUUACUUGUUCAUGGUGCUUGGUCUUAUCAAAGAAUAUCUCUCGCAAUAUUGUAUUCAUUUUACAAAAAUAUCACAUUAUAUAUGUGCCAAUUUUGGUAUGUUUUCAGUAACGGGUUCAGUGGCCAAUCAAUUGUUGAAUCAUGGUCAUUGACCUUGUACAAUGUUUUGUUCGUUGCAUUGCCACCGUUUGUCAUUGGUAUUUUUGAUCAAUAUCUUACCAUCAACAUGCUAUACCAAUAUCCACAGCUAUAUAAAAUUGGGCAACAAGGACAUUUUUUCAAUGUCGAAAUUUUCUGGUCCUGGGCUGUCAACGGAUUUUAUCAUAGUGCAAUCAUUUAUGUUUGCGUCAUCAACAUUUACAAAUAUGGUAAUCAAUUUCUAGAUGGCCAAAUUGGCGGUUUAUGGGUUGUCGGUGUUGCAAUCUAUAGUGUCUGUCUUUUGACAUCUUUGGGAAAAGCUGCUUUAGUUUCAUCACAGUGGACAAAAUUUACCUUGAUCGCUAUACCAGGCUCUUUUGCACUGUGGUUUAUUGCUUUCCCGUUGUACGCAGUCAUUGCACCAAAAGCAAAUGUUUCAAAGGAGUACAGAGGUAUCGUUCCAUUUGUUUAUGGUUCUGGUGUAUUUUGGUUGACAAUCAUCGUCGUUCCGAUAUUGUGUUUGAUGAGAGACUUCCUCUACAAAUUUUACAAAAGACAAUGGAAUCCUGAGUUCUACCAUAUUGUUCAGAAAGUUCAAAAGAGUCAAAUCCAAACACACAGACCUAAAUUCUCAUCUUUCCAAAAAACUAUUCGAAAGGUGAGACAAGUUCAUCGGAUGAGAAAGCAAAGAGGUUUCGCAUUCUCUCAAGUCGAAGGCCAAGAAAACAUUGUUAGAAAAUAUGAUACAACUAAGCGUAGAGGUGUUUACGGAGAGUUAGAGUAG